AUGCUGGGGAAACUCUUCAAUCUGACCUCGACCGCUCCGGUCGCCGCCACACCGGUCACGCCGGCAGGGCCUUCCAAGCCAAUCUCAUCCCUUGAAUCUGUCCAGGAGGAUGUUCACACCAGGAAUCUCCUGUUUCCGGACGCACAAGCCCUCUUCCAGCACCGCAAUGACCAGGUCUUUCCUCUGUCUGCGCCCUCGACUCACCCGGCCGCCUCGAGCGCCGAUGCUUUCGACUAUGAGGGCGACAUAGAACUAGACACGCGCGAUGUGCGCGUCCUUAUUAUGCAGGAUGCCCUGAGCUCCACGCCGGCGACCGUCUUAUAUGACAGCCAGCCGCCGCCUCCUGUUCCCACCUCACCUGCCACUGAACGCUCCUCCACCACCGGCUUGGCGCAUGUGAACCUGUCCGAGUCUCGCAGGCUUCCGACGUCGCCCCGGAAACCCAGCAUGGGACAUUCUGCAAGACCGGUCAUCAUUCAGCCAGGCAGCCCGCAAAGGCAUGGAGUUUUCGAUCGCCGCCCCUCGAUCCAGAGCCGCGCGCAGCCUCGCGCCGAGUCCGAAUCGCAACGUGCUCAUCGCGAGUACACGGAGGAGCUGGCUGGGUUCUCGAGCUGUAUAUUCGGCAAUUCCGAACUGCUGGCGUACAAGGGAACCUCGACCAAAAUGCACCUGGUACCUAGCGACAGGGGCAAUGAUUUUGCCAGCCCUCUCCCCGGCGACGGCCGUGGAUCGUUUGGUCGGGCCAGCAUGCGUUCAAGCAAACUUUCUCAGUCCUUCUCUUCCGAGGCUGUAUCUCCAAAUCCAGCCACAGGCUCGCCCUCUGCUACUUCAAGAGCUGGGGACAGAAGGAAGGUCUUGAUCACUCGUCUCUUUCCUGUCAGCCUGCCCAGCGACGAUGAUGACAUGGUCACCCCACACAGCCGCUUCUCUGACGACAGUUCGGGAUAUCCGUUCCCGCAAUAUGGCGAGGAUACAAAGGGCAAGAAGAAGAAACCGCAGCCAAAGCAGAAGCGCACACCCAUGUAUGCUGUCGCGUUGGUUAUCAGCCUACCUCAAGGCUAUUCCCAACCUAGCUCCGCCGCGCCUUCAAAGCCCAGCUUCCGCGGUCAAGGUUCCUAUACCGAGCAAGACUCGUUCCCGUCAUCGUUUGGAUCGGCCCGCCGCUCAGGAUGGACCAUGGUGGGGAUGGACUCCCUAGACGCCUCGUACACGAGCGAUAUCGAAGACCGUAUCGACGCUAUCACUCAGCAUUGGGACAUCAUCAUGAGGACCCUGACGCACAUGCAGUCAGCGGUCGCGGCAAUUCUGUAUUCCAUGCUCAAGCAUGCCGAUAUUGCCUCUCCAGACCCGUUCCCUGCUUCCAUCUCGUCACAUAUCUCGCGCACCCCCUCAUUUUCCGGUCGUCGCCGCAGCGAAGAUGGCGGGUCGACUAAGCCGCCGAAGUCUAACGCUAAGCUGAUCAGCCUUUUCCCCAACUGUCUUUUAGACAAUGAACAAAUCAAGGCCGAGGUGGAGGUUGCGCGAUCACGCGUUGUCAAUGGACUGCGGGCAACACGAGUCGUCACUGGCCAGAACCGAUGGAGCAUCUGGAGAGAGGAAGCGAGAUGGGUCGCCAGAUGGGCCGCGGAAAAGGAGCAAGCGCCUUUCUUCUACAACCUACUGACGGGGUUCCUUGCCACUCAUACCGACUGGCUGCAGGCUCUCAGUCCCGCCUGGUAUCGGCGGCGGCAUUUGCAGCAGCAGAAGGCGAAAGGGGAUGAAGACACAUCACUCCCUGCGCGAACCAUCAUCGUGUCUCAGGACAAGAUGGCAGCAAGGCGUCUCAUUUUCCUUCUGUCUGCCUUUCUCCCCGCCAACCAGCAACUUCCGACCAUGCGGAUGCACAGGCCCAGUACCUCGACCUCGUGGGGUGCAGGGUUCUCCCAGUCGCCCCCCUCGUUCGUCGUACCGAUCCUCAAGGAGGAGUCAUUGCGGCGCAAGAUCAACCGUCGAAGCGGACUGCGGCGGGCUUCUCACUCGCGCAGUGCCAGCAUGCAGGGCCCCAACCCUCGUACUUCAGGUGUUCCUGUUCACCUGGCGCACCUUGCCAUGGAGAGGGGCCAUGAACGAAGGGCAUCCGAUGCAUCGUCGAUACGGACCACGAACCUUCCGAUAACGGGCGGUGACUACGCCAGCAGGAAGAGCAGUACGGCGACCGCUGCUACGAUUGCUCCAGAGCCCACUAUCCCUCACUUCGCAACGCUGCAGAGGGCCGAGACUACGGGAUCGCACAUGCGACCAGGGAGUGCCAGCAGCGCUGCUGCUGACGACCUGAAACGGACAUUGCGGAGGGGCGACAGCGUGGGCCAUGCUAGCAUGGGAAGCACGGACUCGAGGCAGAGCUCGCGCUGGGGAAGCGUCAUUAGUGGCUUGUGGAAUGGGCGGCGACGCUUGUCAACGGACAUAACCGCCCAGACGAGAGACUCGUUGGACAGUCGUGACAGUACGACAUCGUCACCUACCAAGUCUCAUCGCAAGAGGGCGUCUUUGACACAGAUGGUCAAGGAAGCCCAGAGCAUUGAUCCUGCUGACAAGAUCAAAUCUCGCGAUACAUCGCCCCGGACCUCGAGAGAUCUUGUCCAAACGAGUGGGCUCGGAAAUGAGAGCUCGGACGCUCGGCAAAGCCGCGCCUUGGAGCAGUUCCAGCGCACCCCCGACCCGUCGGGUGCGUUCGAGUCGCCCGUCAAAACAUCCAUCAACGCCGAAGAUGGCGUCAUUGAUGUCGACGUGCCGUUCCCGGAGUAUAUCACGUCUUUUGAGACUGCGGUGAGCUCCCCGUCGAGCAGUGGUUACUUGUCGACUCCCGGACUCGGCAACGGCCUCGAAGCUUUCGAGCAGUCCUGCCGCGUUGCCAUCGACGGCGACGUACCGCUGAACGUGGCGGGAUGGCUGCAGAACUACCAUCCGGAUUUUGUGUUGCAGGGAAUUCCUCCGCCGAGUGGAGAUCUCUUUGAACACAUCCGGGACUCGCUCCGAGCGGAGCCCUCGCCGCCGCUGUCGUCGUAUUCCAUGUCGGUCGAGUCGCAGCACGAGCGAUGGGUGGAAGUAUCCAAUGUCAUUGUCGCUGACACUACCAACUUUACCAUUACGCGCAUCCGCUACCGGCGCCUCAUCAGACCCGUCAUCCCCAACGACAGGAGGACGCCGUCGCUGGCAGGCUCACUUACGCGCUACGGCUCGCUCCAGCCGACGCCGCUCUUCUCGCCCCCGGACAUGCAGCUCGAGGAGGAAUUCAUUGAAGAGCCGGUGGCCUGCCUGGAUGACGUCUUGAUCGAGGCUGUCGAGAAGGUCAUUGCCCAUAGCAGCGACGCGAGCAAGGUCAGCUCCACCUGCUCGUCCCGGUCGGCUAGCAUCCGACGCGACCGUAGCAACAGCACCUCUACGGGAUCCGACGAGCCGCAAGGGCUGCCCCGGUAUCUCGGCGUGACGUCGGCACCGCACGAGGUGCCGAGGGCGGAGUGCAAGACGGUGGUGCUCUCGGCCCUCGAGGAGAUCGUCAGAGAGGUCAUCGAGAAGCGGGAGAGGGAAGGCCGGGAGGGAGACGAGCACAAGAAGGUGCAGGAGAAGGAGGGCUCCCUGAGGCGGGCUGUGCGGACGUGGAUGGAGAAUGUCGAGAUGGGAGAGUGA